CUAACACACACACACACACACACCCACAUACCUGUCCACACACACACCUGCUGCUGGCACCUCCUCGCGCCCCCUCACUGCGUGUUGUGUGAGCGCUCGAGGCGCCGCGCGUCUCCUUGGCUACAGCAGCUGUCAGCGCGAGAGCAAAGUUCAGCUCAGACCCUGAACACCUACCUCCACUCCUCUCUGAGUCAUGGAGGGACCGGCGGAGUGACCCACAGACACCCUGCCUCAGCUCCUCCAGGAUAAACACUCACUCAAACUCACACACCGCGGGGCGAGGAGCGCUGCCGGACCGUAGCUGGGCUGCUUCUGCUCGGGUGGAUGUCGUAGAACAUGAAUCUCAUGGGACCCCCGACUAGGCAGGCCAAUGGAGUGGCCAGAUCUGACAGCAAGAUCAGCGCCAAGGCCCUGUAUGAGCAACGGAAGAAAUACUCCAACUCAAACUUCAUCAUGCAGGAGACGUCUCAGUACCACGUCCAGCAUCUUUCCACGUUUAUUAUGGACAAGACAGAGUCUAUAGCCACAGUAGAUGAUGCGGUGAAGAAACUGAUCCUCCUGGAUUCUAAAGACAAAAUCUGGACCCAGGAGAUGUUGCUGCAGGUCAGCGACAAAGCCAUCAAGCUUCUGGACUGUGAUACAAUGGAGGAGCUGGAGAACUUCCCUCUUCCCACAGUGCAUCACAGCCAGACAGUUUUGAAUAAGUUGCGCUACCCGUCUGUCCUGCUGUUGGUCUGCCAGGACAAGGAGCAGCACAAACCAGACAUACACUUCUUCCACUGCGAUGAAGUGGAGGCAGAUAUAGUGCACGCUGACAUUGAUAGCGCACUGGGAGACAAUAAAAAUGGCAAGAACAUGAGACCUCAGACACUAAAGAUGAACCAGGAGAAGAUGAAGAGACAGCGGGAGACAAUCAUCCCCCCCUCAGAGUCUAAAGGUUCAGCUCCUGCAGUUAAAGGUCGCGUGGCAGCUAUGGACAUGAAAAGUGUGGAGAGGCGAGGUUUAGCUCAGCAGGACCCAGAGUCAUAUGAGAAACUUGCCCAGUACAUUGAGAAGGAUGUGCAAAUCCUGAACUGUGCACUGGAUGAUAUUGAAAUCUUUGUGGCACGGCUUCAGAAAGCUGCCGAAGCCUUCGCCCAGCUCAACCAGCGAAACAAAAGCAGAAAAAAUAAGAAAAGAGGACCAGCAGAGGGAAUGUUAACUUUAAGAGCUAAACCUCCAUCUGAAGUAGAGUUCAUCGACAGUCUACAGAAGCUGAAACUCUCCUUCAAUCUCCUGGCCAAACUGAAGAAGCACAUUCAGAACCCCAGUGCCUCAGAACUCGUCCACUUCCUCUUUGGACCCCUAGAGCUGGUGCUGCAGAGUUGUGGUAGCCCUGACCUGCCUCGCUCAAUUAUCUCUCCUCACCUGUCUCGAGACGCAGUGGACUUUCUGAGAGGACACCUGACCCCUAAAGAGAUGACCAUUUUUGAGUUGUUAGGUGAUGGGUGGACACGACCCAGAGCUGAUUGGCCAAGGGAACAGUGUGCACCUCUCUACAUCCCCAAAUUCCGUAAUGGCUGGGAGCCUCCAGUGGAACUGUUCCGCACCUCACCAUGGGAGACAGAGUGUUCCGGACCAAUGUCCCCCUCAUCAUCAGAGUACAGGAAGAAAGAGUUCUUUGGAUCACAGUCCUCGCUAUCAUCCAACGGGUCCUUCACAGCACCUUCUCCUAUCCGAAAGUAUGCCAAGAUCCGCUACCAUUUUGUAGCUCGCAAUGCCAAUGAGCUGUCAGUUCUUCAGGAUGAGGUUUUAGAGGUUAUAGAGGAUGACAAGCAGUGGUGGAAGUUAAGGAACAGGAGUGGCCAAGCCGGGUACGUGCCCUACAACAUCCUAGAUGUCAUUACACCUGAAGAACUUCGCGUCAUGGACCCAGCAUACAGCCAGUCCUAUAAAGGAUCCUCUCCUUCUGGUUCUUUGGGGAGAGGAGACAGUUUUGACAUGCCAAGAUCGCCACGGGAUAAAGACAUCCGCACUCAGCAGAUGGAUGAGGUGAACGAUGAGCUGUUGAAACGGAUCACAGCAAGUAAGAGUCAGCCGCAAGCUCGCAACUUCAAAGUGGAGCGUCACUCCACUCGUGCCAUUCCCCUCUCCUUUAACUCCUCCCCCGCUGAGGUCGCCACCUGGCUCAACGGGAAGGGCUUCUCCAAACCGACAGUGGACUGUCUGGGUGUCCUGAGCGGGGCACAGUUGUUUUCUCUGGAAAAGGACGAGCUGAAGGCCGUGUGUGGAGAUGAAGGGGCGCGUGUCUACAGCCAGAUCACAGUACAGAAAGCCCAGCUAGAGAAGAGCCGAGGAGACUCAGAGCUGCAGAAUAUCAUGAAGAGACAGAAGGAGAAGAUAGCGUCUGCCGCAGAUGUGAAAAAAUUUUAAAACCUGUAAUUACAAUAAAUGUCAAAAAUGGUAGAAUAUUAACAAUCCUCAUACCAGUGUACAAUCCUGCUUCGUUAUUAUCUUCUUGCCAUUGUCCUAUAAUCUACAUGCAGUAUCAACAUGUACUAAGAUCUUGUAUACAUUUGAUUUGUAUAUUUAUUCUGUUUUUAGAAAUGCUUUGUUUUAAUUAAUCCACAUAAAUUGUUUCUUUACACGUGUUUAUGCUGGGAAAAUAUGAAGCUUUAACCUCUGCCUAAAUGUAUAAAGGAGAUAAAGGGGAGGAAAUCAGAGCAGCAAGAGACAGAAUUUGUUUCAAUGUUGUCCAGAAUGAAUGUUUUAUAGCGGUUUAAAGGAAUGAUUGUAUGUGGUUACAGGUCUUUUUCUGAUGGGCUUUUCAUCACAUUCAAAUGCCAUGUUUCAUUUAGAUUUAUGUGAAUAUCUGUUUUCAAAAACAAGGGUUUCUAUGUAAAUAAUGAAUCUAAUCCUGUCUAAAGAUGCAUGUUCACGUGCUGAUUUUUUUUGUCAUGAAAGUAUGAUGCAAGAACAUAAUAAAGUCAAGUUAAUGGUUUUA